ACAUCAUUGAGUUAUUUGCACUGUUCGAACGAAGCCAAAGCUCUUGAAGAGUACCAACUUAUCGGAAAAGCAGUUUAGUAGUUCUUGGGUGUAUGUCUCUAGCAGAAAAAGUCGUCGACUUGACAUAAUUCCGUGUAAGAUAUUUGUCAGCUCAUAAUUUUUUUCUGUGGCACUAAACUUGACCUUUGACCGAAAGGAAAUGACGACGGCCGCGAGCAGCGCAUCUGGCACGACGACGGCCACGAAGCGGCUGCGGGUGCUUUGCUUACACGGGUUUCGCACUAACGCCGACAUUUUGGACAUGCAGCUGGCCAUGUCGGUGUUCCACACGCCCAAAAUCCACAAGCUGGUUGACUUGGUCUGCGUAAGCGCGCCACAUCGCACCGUGCACGAGCAAAAAGUUCCCGCGGUGGUGCGCGAGGCCUUCGGCGCGCAGCGAAACGGGUAUCGGGAAUGGUGGAACCGCAACGACGCCACCGGUGUGCUCGACGGAAAAGAGGAAACGAUGCAGUACCUAAGAAAUUUGCUGCGAACCGGGGGUUCGUCGGGACCCGUCGCGGCGUCGCAGGCGCAGAAUCCGGCCUUCGAUGGCAUCUUAGGAUUUUCGCAGGGCGGCGCGGCCUCCCUGUUGCUACUGCAGGAGCUGUAUACGCCGGACUUCGGGGUGGCAUCACCAACGCCAGUCGCAGCGGUACCGCACUCGUGCAGACCAAAAUUCGGCGUUAUUCUCUCCGCGUUCGCGCCCAAGGGACUGGAGCUGCCAUCGCCGUUGGACUGCACGUCAUCGGAGGACGAAAAUAGCGGUAUGGGUGUGUCAGACAAAGAGCUAACCCUCCGCACGCUGCCCAUGCUGUUCAUGGGUCAAAAGGACGACCAAGACGUUGCGCUACACCGCCUACGAGCAGUGGCGCAGCGGUUUGCAAACAGCGUGCUGAUCGAAAACCCCGAGGGGGGGCACAAGAUCGCGGGCCCGCAGCAAGUGGGUAGCGAGCACAUGGAGCAAAUUUUCCGCUUCUUCCGCGCUCGGUGGCAGGAGCGAUUUGGGGUGGAGCCAGAUUCCGACGACGAGAAUAUGGGUACAACGCCAACUUCUGCCGGCGGAGGUACCCACACGGCUUCGAACAUGUAGGGAUUUUCCGCGUUAUUUCUUCGCGUUACAGGGACUCUGAAGGAUGUUUCUAAGUAGCUCGAACGGUGCUCGUUCCCACCCCUGCGCAAAGUAAGUAAAGUGUGCGUGUGUUUGAUCGCACAAGCUUGUAUUGCCUUGGUCUUGUUUUGGAUGUGCAAUGGCAUUUAUUUUUCAGCAGCUUUCUUGUCAGGGAUACUAGAUUGAAUCUGUUUUUUGUAACCCAGCUUUUCAUGCACAUGCUAGAGAUAGGCAUACGCAUAGGGUCAUAAUUCACUUGUGCUUCAUUGCUCAGUAUCAGGCAAAUGAAAAAUCUUUUGAGAAGAUUCUCUUUCUAUCAAAAUAGCGCGACUCUUAUUGCGGAAGCGGACGCGCUAUUCCGAUGCCUGUAAUUGUUUUUUUUUGUUUCGCUUUCGUCAUUCAGGUAGAGGUAAAUCGAUUCUACUCAUCUUCCUUGCGCUUCGGUUGAAAUGCCACC